AUGCUCCAGUAUAGUCGAAAAGCUUUCCCAAACAGAGUCACUUCUGAGGACAAAGCCAAGCCAUUCAAACUUUACGAUCACAUUCGAGCUAGACAUAGUGAGAGCGAGAACCGGUUAGAAGCUCAGGAGAAGAUCCGUGCGUGUGGUCUCACGCAGCUCGGCUCAAAGGGACUCAUCGAUGAUUACGGUGACCUGAAACAGCUCUUGGUGGGCUUUCUCGGUGUCAAGCCUAUCGAUGUGUUGAAGGAGGCAGGUCGUAGAGUAUCCAUUUCAAUGAAGGUUCCAAGGGACUCUACCUGGACGGUUAACUUUCUGCUUCCUACAGAAACCAACCAUCUUACCUCGUUGGGAGUUGUGAAUGGCCAAAUCUUUCCUGUGAGGUACCCCGGCCCUAAUGGACAUAUCGCGCAUGUGUCGGUUAAACUCCUCCGCUUCCCAGUCGAGGACGUCUCCUGGCUGUGUCACUUCCUCGACUGGUCUUCCCGUGGCGACAUAUAUCUCUCAGAGCGUAUCAAAGAAGCCGACUCGUUUCACAGCGGAGGAGCCCGGCCAGUACUAAAGUCGGACCGACAGUCCCAGGCAGAUUCGGAAACUUUUUCUGAGGUCUUGAAGAACGCAGAAAUCCGCGAGGCAGAUGGUAUUUCUUCCGACCUCAGGCUCCAUCAGCACGAUAAACUCUAUAUUGUGGAAGGCAAGAGAGCCACUAUACACAUUGAUGAAGGUCUAUCAGGUCUCAAGGUAUACCUUCCGCGGAAGAAGAAAGAUCAGGGAUAUGUGUUCGCCAUGUCGAGUGAGCUUGAACCCCCCAUUGCCCCGUCACUUGUAGCGCAUCCCACUAACUUCGGGGCAAAUGAAAACAGUGCAAUAAUCUCAGAAGAUUUCUAG